AAACGGCGGAGUAGGGGGGAGAAACGGAGCCAAGGAGUCGAUGCCAAGCGGAUGCCAACUUGGGAACUGGAGGCGCGGGGUAUUUUCUUAGCACCUGGGCACCCUUGGGGACGCGCACACCCCUUUUUUCCCGUCUGUCGUUCCUGGGACAAAACAAGUUUCGAAGCUGGGAAGAUCGUUCUGAAUUUUUUCCCCUUUUUCCCCGUCUGUCGUUCCUGGGACUAAACAAGUUUCAAAGCUGGGAAGAUCGUUCUGAAUUCCCACCAGGGCUUCCUCGGCCGGUCGAAUCUCUCUUUUUUUCCCCCCUCGCCUUUGGAUCCGUCGCCGGAGCGCUCUCUUGGGCGCUGACUUCACCGGGCGGGUUUCGUCACUUGUUUUCUACGAUAACUUUUUUUGGCAUUUAUUUUGGACCUCGCGGCGGACGUCGGGAGCCCCGAUCGCUGGGGAGGAGGAGGAGGAAAACGGUCCCUCUGCCUCGGUCCCGCUCCGAUGAAGCAUUAGACACCCUCCCCAUCCCACCCCAGGAGCAGAGAUUCGGUGGGGAGAAUGGAUCGCCUUGGCAACUCGCUUCUCUUCUGCCUGCUGCUUUGGUGGAUGGGGGCCCCCAGCGACCAAGAAGCCAUCUACUUCCUGGAAGGCCCCUUCAACCUGACUUCCUCCUUGGGGAAGGAUGUGAAACUGUCCUGUUCCGUCCACUCCAUCGGCGAUCCGCCGGAGGUCAGCUGGAUUCGCGAUGGCGACGUGCUGGAGCUCGCCGACAGUAACCAGGUUCAGGUGCCCCUGGAUGAAGAGCAGUGGGUGACCACUAGUGUACUGAGCAUCCCUUCUGUGCAGCUUUCGGACAUGGGGAAUUACCAGUGCGCGGUGACGGUGAACGGGUCUGACGUCUUCUCCGACAGCGCGUAUUUGGGACUGGAAGGUCUCCCCUUCUUCGCCGACGAACCCGAAGACAUGGAGGUGACGGCCGGGACUCCUUUCAACCUCACCUGCGGGGCGCAGGGACCACCGGAGCCGGUGCAGGUGAUUUGGCUGCAAGACAGCGUUCCUCUCAACUCCCUGGGGGACCCUCUAUCACGGACCCCUUCGGUACUGGCCGUGAGAGGUCUGAACCGCAGCAGCACCUUCUCGUGUGAGGCCUACAACGCUAAGGGAAUGAGCACCUCGCGGACAGCCACGGUGACAGUCGUACCCGGACGGCCGCAUGCCUUAACCCUGGUGCGCCCCACGGACAACAGCCUGGAAGUGGCGUGGCAGCCCAGCCCGAGCGGAGCCUACCCGCUGGAGGUCUGCACCGUCCAGGCUGUGCGCUCGGACGAGGACCUCAGCACCGUCUCAGAGAGGGCACUCUAUAACCAGAACCUCAACGUGCCCCCCUUCAGCCACUCUCUGGUCGGGCUGACCCCCUUCACCCCCUACCACGUGCGCGUGUCCUGUCGAUCCAGAGAGGGCAACUCUCCGUGGACGCACUGGGUUGCCAUGGAGACUCUGGAAGGAGUGCCAACAGCUGCCCCGGAGAACAUCACGGCCUUUCAGAACGGCACCUGCACCAUCGUCCAGUGGGGGGAGCCGCUCGGCAACGUCAAUGGGAUCCUGCGCGGGUACAAGCUCAUCUGUCAGAAAGGCGACUUGCCCGAGGUGGUUAUGGAUGUGGGACUGACCCACGAGAGAAUCUUGGAGUGGAACUCGUCCGUGAGGAACCUGACUGUACGAGUUGCAGCCUACACAGGGGCAGGCGACGGGCCCUGGAGUCACGCUGUCAUGGUUGCCCCAUUGGGUUUCGAUGAAUUUUCACCGCAGGCUCAGCCAGUAGAAAACGCUACCCCUGCCUUCUCCUGGCACUGGUGGUACGUGGCGAUUGCUGUGGCAGUGGCUGCUGCGGCCGCCGCCUUCAUCAUAAUCUUCUUGACACGGAUAAGGAAGAAGGAAACGCGCUAUGGGGAAGCGUUUGAACCCAGCAUGGAGCAGGGAGAACUGGUGGUCCACUACCGGGUCCGCAAAUCGUAUAGUCGCCGAACCACCGAAGCCACCUUGAACAGCCUGGGGAUUAGCGAGGAGCUGAAGGAGAAACUGCGAGACGUGAUGAUCGACCGCCACAAGGUGGCACUGGGGAAAACCCUUGGGGAAGGAGAAUUUGGCUCCGUCAUGGAGGGCCAGCUCAGCCAAGACGGGGCAGUCCUGAAAGUCGCCGUUAAGACCAUGAAGAUCGCCAUCUGCACCCGCAGCGAGAUGGAGGACUUCCUCAGCGAGGCGGUCUGCAUGAAGGACUUCGACCACCCCAACGUCAUGAAGCUGAUCGGAGUCUGUUUACAGAACACAGAAAGCGAAGGGUACCCCUCCCCGGUGGUCAUUUUGCCCUUCAUGAAACAUGGAGACCUCCACAGCUUCCUGUUAUACUCCCGGCUCGGGGAGACCCCACUGUACCUGCCCACACAGACACUGGUCAAGUUCAUGACGGACAUUGCUAGUGGGAUGGAGUACCUCAGCAGCAAGAACUUCAUCCACCGUGACCUGGCUGCCCGCAACUGCAUGCUGAACGAGAGCAUGACAGCCUGCGUCGCCGACUUUGGCCUCUCCAAAAAGAUCUACAACGGGGACUAUUAUCGGCAAGGCCGUAUCUCCAAGAUGCCCGUCAAGUGGAUCGCCAUCGAGAGCCUGGCGGAUCGUGUUUACACCAUCAAGAGCGAUGUGUGGUCGUUUGGCGUCACCAUGUGGGAGAUAGCAACGCGAGGCCAGACACCGUACCCCGGUGUGGAAAACAGUGAGAUUUAUGACUACCUGCGCCAAGGCAACCGUCUCAAACAGCCAAUCGACUGCCUAGAUGGCCUAUACGAACUCAUGAUGAGCUGUUGGGCCCUCAACCCACGUGACCGUCCCAGCUUCGAGGUCCUGCACGGGGCCCUGGAGAAGAUCCUCAAGUCCCUCCCUCCCGCCAAGGACCCCGAAGAGAUCCUCUACGUCAACAUGGACGACGGGGUGGCGGCUGAGGAAGUGGAGCUGGGGGCCGUCGGGGGCCUGGGCGCUGAGGAGCCCCCCGCCAAGCAGAGCCAGGCCCUCAAGCCUGCCGUGACGAUGGCCGAGGUGCACCCUCCCCAGGCGGUCGGCCGCUAUGUGAUGUGCCCCACCCCGCACGAGAGUACCCGGCUGCUGACUGAUAGCCCCAGCCGUGCCGCCACGGAGGAAGGGGCUUGACUUAGACCCCACAGUUGGAGGGAAGGGAGGUUACAAGCAACCCUACCGCCAGAGUCCCCAUAGCGUUCGGAAAGCCCCACCUCUGUGAGGAGGGGUUUUGUUGGACACCCCACAAACCUAUCACCGCCCCCUCUUUCCCAGAACGAACCACUACCCCCAGGUCGUCUGGCCGCACUUUCCCUUCAGGGGUGAUAUCUGGGGGCUUCCUCCCCCUGGACGAACCUCUCCCCUUUUAUGGGUGGGCUUCAAACCACUGAGUCCUUGCGGACGACUUCCUUCCCUACCCGCACCCCUCGCCAGUCCUUUCCAACACAAACGUUGGAGGUGCACGGAGAGUCCUUCUCAGAUCACAGGGGGAAAGGGGUCCAGCGGGAGGGCACGACGGGUCACCUGACACAACUCGGGUUGCCCCUUUCCCCCUCCCCACACGUAAAGGGGACGCCGCAACCUCUGCUCUGUGGUUCCAUUUUAGCUGGCUGCCACCCAGCUAAGGUGAACGAGGGUGGCCGCCCUCCCGUUUCUCUGCUGGCCCCAUUCCUGCAUCUUGAUACGCAGCGGCCUGUCCGGGAGCUGCCAGGCUUCCGCAACCGCAUUUCUGCAUCCCCGGCUGCUGUUCAAGCACGGGAGUGGGGCCAGAGCGAAGCCAGCCACCCGACACCAGGUGCUCUUGGCAUAGCCAAACGAGAGCCGUACGGGCCUUCCUCCCCUUCGGCUCUCUCUAGUCCCUUCCUUUUUUCACUGCCAGCUGUUCCACUGCCAGGACAACCCUACCC